AUGGAACUGCUAGCCACCAACAUUAAGCAGUGCUUUAAUGGUAUUCAGACCUUCAUUGACCACCUUUGGCUACCCUGUAGAUCUAAAUUUAACCCCAGGAAGUCUCGACCACGCCGCCAUGCUCCUGUUACUUCGUUUUACUUAUUGGAUUAUGACCGGAGGAUUGCUGAGAUGGGUAUAGAACAUGAGCCUCCCGCUUUCCAAAUCAUUGGGCAGAAAUUGACAUUUAAGAAAGGAAGAUGGACAGCUCAGUCCUGUAAUGGUAUCUUUACAUCCAGCCAGCCCGACCUGCUGAAGAAUGUCAGAGAAAAGAACCGAGUGCUCCAAGACCAGAACAAUAUCCUGCAGCUGAAGUUGGAAUUGGUGAUGGACAUGUUGACUGAAAGUACCGCUGGCCUUCUACUGAUGGAAGAGGAGGAGGAAGAGACAGAGGGAAAGGAAAAGGAGAAGAAGGAGGAGGAGGAGGAAGAGCAGGAGGAGGCAGAGGAAGAGCUUGAAGAACUGGAGAUGAAAACAUGUCCAAAGAAACUUCCAAAACCAAUAAGUGCUUAUGAUUUGGAAUCAAGCGACUAUGAAUAUGAUGAGGAGCUGUUGACAUCCCAAUGGAGGAACAGAUACUCCAUGCCUACUCUUUCAUUUGAUGAUGAAAGUGAGUAUUCAGAGGAAGUGGUUUACACCAAGAGGCCUCAAGACAAACCCAAGGUCUGCCCGAUGAAGCGUGCAGCUCGGGCGAAAGCGAGAUCACGUGCAAACGUCCGCCAGAGUUCAGGGGCCAGGAGCAUGUUACCACCCAAGACCAGGUCCUCCCCAAAAGUUUGCAAACUUGAGCUGGAACCAGAACCAAAGCCCAAGACUUGUCCGAGACGCAAACCUAAACCCAGACCCAAAUCCGUGAGGCAAACAGAUGGAGUUUGCCCCAUGAAAAUGGGGUCAAAGAUCUGA